AUGUCAGUUGACUUCGAUGUACCUCUCUGGCUAUAUAUUUAUUAUCAGUUUAUCGGAACCGUAUCGUUGUUUUUGAACUUGUUCACAAUGUUGUUGAUAUUGUUCAAAAGCGAGAAAAUUGACGUUUUCCGGAAGUCAUUGCUAGUUUUUCAGGCAACCUGCACUGUCACCGACAUCCACUUCACCUUCCUAAUGCAACCUCUACCCCUAAUACCUAUCAUGGCGGGCUAUUGCGUGGGCUUCCUGGCAAGAUGCUUUGACGUCUGGACCCAUUAUCUAAUAGCCUUCGUCGUUGGGACCAUAGUGGCCCAGCUUGAAAGCCUAACAUUUUGCUUCGUAAAAAAACAUCAGACUAUUGCAAAUAUCACCAAAAAACAUGUGAUCUCGAAGAGUGUCGACGAUGCGGUCACCUGGUUUAUGCCGUUUUUUCCAGUUUUUGGAUAUCUCGCAUUUUGCAGUGCUGGCAUGAAGAGAGAGGAGCAAAUGGAUUAUGUCAAGCUGCACCGUCCAGAGUAUGUUCUGGAAUUUUCUGAUCUACCGAAUUUCGCAAUCUAUGAGCUGAACUUCUGGCUCUACCUUGUCAUUUGUUUCGGCUCGCUUGGAGCAAUUUUCUGUGGAGCUGUAUUCACUUUUACCACUGUUGACAUGUUCAAAAUGCUGAAAAGAUCACGGCGAAAGAUCUCGGUGUCCAACUUUAAAAAACAGCGAUCUACGAUCAAAAGCCUCCUGGCACAAUUUGCGGCUUCAUCCCUUCUUCUUAUUCCGCUCCUUUGCUUUUCUCUAGUUUUAUUGCUGAAAUUCGAUGGAUCCCAGGAAAUUUGUAAUAUAAUUUUGAUGGUUUUCUCUACAAGAUCAUCGGUGAACGCGGCGGUGCUGAUUGCAACUACACCUCCAUUCAGGAACUUUGUGUUGAGGAAAAACUCGACAAACAACUUUGCAAUCGCCACAGUGGCUAUUUCGAUGAGUCGGACGUCUUUUACCUAAUCCUAAUCUAAUAUGAAUCAAUUUUUUUGAUUGUAAAAUUAAAAAGUAUUUACAUUUAUUGGAACAAUCUUAAAUUCCAUAAUUUAUUUCAUUUUAAUUUUAAAUAAACUUUCUA